CCCGCAGGCCAUUGUGUGACACUUGGCCGCCAGGGGUUUUUUUCCGAGGUUUCUCUCCCGCAGGUGCCCUCAAGACCAGACUGUGCCAUGGCGGAGGGAUGCUUCGGACUGUGCCGGCUGCUCCGGAGGAAGAGGAAGAACAGGAGAGGCCCUAGAGCUGGCCCAGCACAGGAAGCAGAGGAGGAGGUGCAGCACUUCCAACCACUGCAGCAGGAUCCAGGCUGGGACCGCCCAGAAGAGCAGGACCACGCCCGUGGCCGCUUGCGCAGGGCGGUUCAGAGGUUGCUGAAAUUCAUGGGUGUUCGGCGCAGAACAGCCACGACCGCACCGCCCGAGCUCAUGGCACAGCCUGACACCAGCGCAGCUGAGCUCGAGGCGGAGCCCCAUGUCAGCACUGCACCGAGUCACUGUGCAGCCAGUGGUGACAUGGCACCCAUGGAUUGUGCUGCCAGCGGUGACAUGGCACCAACUCAUGUCACAGCAACCUUGGACAUGGCAGCAAUUGAUGGCACAGAAACCGCUGACAUGGCAGCCAUUGAUUGCGCAGCCACCUGUGUCAUCGCACCUCCUGAUGGUACAGACACCGCUGAGAUGGCACAGCUUGAUGGCAGAGCAACCACUGACAUGGCAGAGGUUAAUGGCACAGCCACCUCUGACACGGCACCGAUGGAUGGCACAGCCACCUGUGACACCACGCUGGCAGACACCGAGACAAGCUCUGACACGGCACCAACGGUUGUCGGGGCCAAAGCUGAUGACACGACUGAGGGCAUCGCAGACACUGACCGCACGCCCACGCACAGUGUGACCGAUGCUCCCAGUCUGGACCUGGCACAGCCUGACACCAGCAAAACCGAGCUCGAGGCGGAGCCUGAUGUCAGCACUGCACUGAGUGACUGUGCAGCCAGCAUUGACAUGGCACCGACUGAUGUCACAGCAACCUCGGACGUGGCAGCAGCUAUUGGCACAGACACCACCCACAUGGCAGCCAUUGCUUGCGCAGCCAGCUGUGACACGGCACCGGUUGAUGGCACAGACACCUCUGACCAGACACCGGUUGAUGACACAGCAAAGUCGGACAUGGCACCAGUGGAGGGCACAGAAGCCACUGACGCUGCGCCUCUUGAGGGCAGAGCCACCUCUGACAUGGCCCUGAUGGAUGGCACAGCCACUUCUGACACGGCACUGACUGACACCGAGACAAGUUCUGACACGGCACCAACUGAUGUCGGGGCCAAGGCUGACGACACGACUGAGGGCAUCGCAGACACUGACUGCAUGUCCGUGGACAGUGUCACUGAUGCUCCCAGUCUAGGGGUUUUGGAGCAGAAAAGUGUCUCCGGUGCAAAUGAAGUGCCGGCCAGUGUCAGCCCCAUCCACCAGUGGCUCACGUGCCAGGAGUCUGCAGAGGUCAGGCCGCCCACUGCCAUCCGCAGGCUGGCCCACACACACCCUGGGCAGGUGGUGACGACUCUCCUGCGCUGUGCCCCAGCGUGUGACAGGUACAGGGCCCAGCUGCUUUGCUGCCUCAGGGUUCACCAGCCUUCACAACCCAGCCCCCUGGCCAGCCUGUCCCUCCUGCUCUGCCACACUGACACAGAGUUCCAGGUCCCUCUGGCCCCUCCAGUUCCCAGCCCUGGCACGUCAGUCCCCAAUCCUGCUGCCAUGUGCCCUCCCUGCCCCUCAAUGCACUGUGGCUCUGUCACCUGGGCCCCCACAGCUGCCAAGGCCCAGACCCCCCUGACCCAGAGCUCUGGCUCCACAGAGCUGCUGCAAUCCUGUGGAGGACCAUCGCCUCCUCGGCCACCACAGCGCACAAGGUGCUGCCAGCGCUGCUCGGGGUGA